CGUGACUUCGUCGUGGCGGCCACCGCGGUAAGCUUUGCGCUUAAACGUGUAUUUAAGGCGAGCGUGUUUCCAGUGAGAGUCAUACUUCAACAUGAAGACUGCAAUUGUCCUGGUCUCUCUCGCGCUUGUCCUCCUUGCUGUUUGCACGGAGCCGGCCGCUGGUGACGAUGCCCCGCAUACCCUGCAAAAGCGCUCGUCCCCUCCGAGGUCUCCUGCGAGGUCUCCUCCGAAGUCUCCUCCGAAACAGUGGACACAGCCACCCCUAACGCUACAGGAGUCGGUCAAUGGUCCCUGGUUCCUGCAGCCACAGGGGCCCAUGCAGAAGCCCGUGGCGGGUGCGAAGUGGAAGUGGAGGGUCACCCCGAAAAAGAACAGCAAGCCGUACAGCGGAGGCGCCGGACCCUCCGGCAAGAAAAGCCCCCCCAAAAGCCCUCCCAAAGGCAAGGGCAAGUAGCGUCGCUUUUAAAGACGCGUCCAAGCGACGCCCACGAGGACACCUCAUAUAUAAAUGUAAACAAUAUGAUUCAAUUGAAAGAGUAAAACAUGAAAUAAAAUUUACGCCAGUAAGAGAAA